AUGAAACAAUGUAGUGUAUCUGAUAUUAAACGUGAACGUAACGAGAAUCAUAUUCCUAACAUUGGCGGUGAAGGGUGUUACCUAAAGCAACUGCCUGCACCAGCAUGCACCGAUCCCUGUCUGCUGUGGUCUGAUGGAAUUAGUCCAAACGCAAGGGUGUUUUAUCAUCAGACGUUAAGUUCUGCUCGCAGGGCUGCAAAUUUUAUCACUUUGGGCCCAAUACCCCGCGACUCACUAGAUAUCAAUCUAGCCUCCCAGUACAACCACUCGGAUGAAUUGUUCAAAGGAAAAAACGAAAUCGUUCUGCAGGAGGAGACACUGGGCUUUACUACAUUUCGUCGGUUGCGCAAUACUCGUGAUUUAAGUCCAGAGAAGAUAAUCCCGCUUAAACACCCACUUCACAUUGGCGGACUGAAAGAAAAACCAUCACCCAACAGCGUCAAGCUUAUGAAUAUUGGACCGCACACUCCUCUAACCAAUCCAGGGUAUUCUAGACAAACUGGAGAUGGCAACUUUUUCAACUAUUGA